GAACUUUCUGACAAUGAGCUCAGUCGGGCUGCGCGAAAUGAUACUACUUUCUCGUGAAAAAUACAAUACAUUGAUAAAAACGUACCAGUACAGUAAAUAACAUUAUUGGCUAUGUAACUUAUUAUUUUAUAAUUGAAUGUAUAUUUUUAGCAAAACAUUGUAGUAUAUUGUAAAAAAAGAUAUUAGUAAAAUGGCAGAGAAAACAACAGUGGGAGGUAUUCCAGUUGAAUGCUUAACUGGAGAAGCUGCUGCCAUUUGGUCUGGCUGGCGCAUAUUAGGAGAUAGAGAGGUUGUCAGAGAAGCAUCUGCAAAAGGCACACAUAUUAAUCUUGCUCAUAAAUAUUUAGCAUGCAGACGAAAUUGUUCUAUCGAAGAUGCUCAACAUUAUUUCAAUAAAGAAGUAGAAACUUGGAUUAUAGAACUUUUGAAUAAACAUCAAAUUUACAGGGCUUCUCAUAUUUUAAAUAAUAUGAAAAAAAAUCCAGUCGAAUAUAUAUUUGAUAUCUGUAUAAACUGCAAAGAUUUUAUGUUAAGAGAUUACUUAGCAGAAUACCUAAUAAAUGUUGAACACUUUCAAAUUGAGUAUUUAAACUCGUGGAAUAUUAUAAAAAGUAUUAUGCAAUUUGAACAGAAAUAUAUGAUUGAACAUAAUUUAAGCUCUUCCUUAUCUAUAAAAAAAAUUAUAAAAUUGCCUGAAAUUAUAAAACAAACAUUAUCCACUGAAUUAUAUUUUUCUAUGCCUGAAGAUAUUCUUUCUACAAAUAUAACUAAUAAUGUACUAUGGGAUUAUUUGUUGUCAAAUAAUAAAAUUGAGAUGAUAAAGUUUUGGAUUGAUAAUUAUUAUGGUGGUAAUGCAGUAGAAGAAUCAAAUGCAGUUGGUGAAGAAUAUAAAUCUUUGUUCAUUUCUUUAAAUAUUACCUCAGAAAUGAUUGAGAUGAUUGAUUCUUCAAAUGCUAGCCCUCUUGUGAAGGAUCUAACUAAAAAUCAAUUGUGUAGGUAUGGAAUAUUUUUGGAAAAAGAACAGCAAGAUAUAAAACUGACGUUAUCUCGUAUUUUUGGUAAUGCAAUGACACUAUCAGAAUUUAACACAAUAUUAUCCCAGAAAUCAUGCAACAUUGAUAGAAAUGAAUUUAUGCGAAAUGUUGAUAAGGAAUUGUGUCUUGCACACUGUUUAAAUGAAACAAAUACUCAAGAAGAUAAAGUUAAACUUGGAGAAUUAUAUGAUACAUUAACAAAAAUGUGUGAAGGACAAGGAGAUUGUCAAGAUGUGUUGAUAGAAGGAAUUUUUAAGACAAUUUAUUAUCUUUCUGAUAAUGUAGAUGAAUAUUUAAAGCAAAAUUAUUUCAUAGUUUUAGUAUUAAUAUUUUCAUACUUGUCUAAAGAAAGCAUAAUAAACGAAAAUGAAAAUUCAGAAAUAAAAAGAAGUAUUUUAAGAGAUAUAUUUAUGAGUAAAAAUGAUUUAAAAUUAGGCGCUUAUAGUAUUUCAUAUGAAGUCCUUCAGAAUACACUGAAGCACGUGCCAAUUCUUAACCGUUUUGUGGAGAUUGAACCAAGAAAGGAAACCACAAUGUAUGAUUUAUUGGAUGGUUAUAAAAAUUUAAAUGUAAAGCGUCUAUUUAAAUGGCGUUUUGAUGAUGAAUCAAUGCCUCACUUUUCAAACAAUGCCCUUGUUAACAAAUAUGGAUAUACAGAAGCAUUAACAUAUGAAUAUUAUUUGAAAGAAGCUCGCCCUAACAUGGCUAUAUUUAGUUUAAAAUACUCCCAAGGAAAAUUAAUUGGAAAUAUAUCUUCUAGAAGGAAAUACAAAGCUGCUCUGUAUGCACACCUUUUUGCAUUGCAAAAUUUAGACAAAUCAGAAAUAUUAUGCACUUGUGUCUCAUUUAUUGAAAUGUUAGGUGUUGACUCAGAAAAUUUAAGACUCCAUAUAACAGCAGCAAAUUACAUACAAAAAGAACUGAAUAUUUCUAUUGGAAAUUUAUUAGAAAACAUAGUAUACAAAGACGAAGAUGACUUGAAAAUUGUUAUGUCACAUUUUGAAGACAGUUUUAAAAAGAAUUUUACUGAAAAUAUAAUUGAAGAUAGUCAACAAUUUAUAAGUAUAUUAAAAAUAUGGGACAUUAUUGUACGAUUCGCAAGAGUGCAUAAUUUUCCUUUGCCAGUCAGCUUGUUAAAAUUUUUAGCAAACCAAAAUUAUUGGUUCGAAUUUACUUUAGUUUGUGACGUUUUUACUUACCCGUUAAACCAGGUAUUAGAAACUGCUAAAUGUUUCGAAGAUACAAUUUUAAGAGAGCAUUUGUUAACUUGUUUAAGCAAUACACAUCUUACAAAAUGUCAGCCAACUGUUUGUAAUGAACAGAAAAUGAAAUCACGAGAUGUUAGGCAAUCAUUGUAUUACAAAAUUGGAGUUAAACAAAGUGGAUCUUCUAUUUCUGAGUCUACAGCAUCAGCAGAUUCUGCAAACACUUCUGAUUCACAUAGUUCAUGUGAAUAUCCUAUAUAUGAUAAUAUUUGUUCUCCAGAUGACGAUUUAUGGUUGAUUAUUUUGAAAUGUCAUCACAGUCCAGAUCCACCGGGUGCUUUAAUAAAUGCUUCUCGACUAACAUUACGACCUUUUCUCACAGUUUUAGCAACUUGUUAUGAGCCAUCAUCAACAGCUGCAUAUUGUUAUUCGUGGAUGGUAAUAUCUACUGCAGAUGAAGAUAUUCUCUCUAAUUACAAAGAAUGUUUAGAACAACAAGUAUGGUCUGCAAAUCAAGUAUUUAAUUUAUUAAUUAAAAUGACAACAUGCGGAUAUAUCAGUACCAUUAAUAAAGGAUAUAAAAUUUUUAUGCCUGAGAGUCCUUUCAACUCAUUCUUCGAAUUCCUUGUGCAAUGUAUAGAUUAUGGUAACUUUGAAGAGUGCCAGCACAUACUGGAUUUUAAAACCCAGUGUUCAAAUUUAAAAUGCAAUAAAGCUAUGGAUUGGGAUUGUUCUGAUACUACCUAUUUAAAUAAUUUGCAUUGGGUCGCGAGCGUUGCAAUUAACUGUGUUAUUACAACACUCGCUUACGGUCUUAGAAGUACACAUUUACAAACAAAAUUUCUCGAGAUAUUAAUCAAAUGUAAUUUUUAUGCAGAUCUUCCAGUUUACAGUCCAAAUUUGCAAUGUCUUCUACAUGUUAUAAAAAUUCUUCAAACAACUAACGUUACUCUAAAUUUUACGGUAUUCACCGUAUCGAACGAUGUGCAUAAUUUUAAUGCAGAAAUCCAAAGAUGUAUUAAUGAUUUGUUAAAAACUGAAAAUUACAAUAGUGCAUUAGAAUUAUCAAAUGCGGCAGGAUUAAAUUCCUCUGAUAUAAUUUUAGCUCAGUAUCGAAGUAAAUUUAAAUAUUACACGCAAAAAAAUGAUAGCAUUGACGAUAAAUUUUGGAAUGAGUGUGCGCGAAAUUUUGAAAAGUAUAAUGUUUCGUGUGAAAAAUCAGCGGAGUUUUUUAUAGAACAUGCCGAGAAAGUUGCUUCUCAUAAGGAGAGAUACGAAAUAUUAAGACUCGCUUUCGAAAAAUUAAAGAAUGUUGAAACAGAGCAACAAAAUAUUGAUGCUUUAGAAGUAGCGAUGUGGAAAUCAUGUAUAUUAGCUGGACCUGAAAAUAUACAAUUAGAUAAUGAGUCUCGUACUUUCAAUAAACUGAAAACAGAAUUAUUAUCAGGAUUAAAUAAGUUGAAAUUUAGUUGCACUCUAAAUAAUUCACAUGAAAAAAAUUCAGCCAAAGAGUUAAUUAAUAAAUUAAUUGAUUUGGGAAAAUUAGAUACUGCACUAAGAAUAAGUACUAUUUUUAAUUAUAAACAUAAAGAUUUACAAAUUCUGAUGCUAUGUUUGAGUUUGGCAGAAGGUGAAAUUUCACCAGAUGAGUUAACUGUUGAACAAAAAUAUUUGUUGAAAGACAUAAAUAAAAGUAAGCAACAAAAAUAUGCUUUGAGAAAUCGUUUGCAAAGACUGUCUUCAUCUUCUUCACUAACUACUUCAGCCAAUACCAGUGAAAUAAAUAAAAUAAAAGAUGAAAACAUUCAUAAAGUACAAAUGGAAUGUUUAUUAAUUUUACAAAAAUCACUUGAAGCUUUAGAACAUGGAGUAAAUACAUGUCUUAAAAUUGUAUUAUGUUAUAAGCUAGCAAUGCAGCUAGGAAAAAGUUACCAAUUACUGUUAAUGUUGAAUAAUCCGAUACAAUUUCUACAAGAAAUUACAGAAAGUGAUAUUGAAGAUAAGUCUGAGGUUAUCAGUGAUAUCAUUUCUGCAUACAAAAUAAGCAGCGAUACUGUUGCAAUAUUUUUAGCUGAGAAUAUCACUGUAAGCAUUAGUCAUGGUGUAGAAGGUGGAUAUGAGGAUAACAUUAGUUUGUGGGGAUACUCUUUGAAUACAAAUUUUCGAAUAAUUAUGGAAUUAUGCAGUGAUGUUUCCCUUCUUGGUUGGCAGCUUUUAAAAACUGCAAAUAAAUUACUUGGAUAUUUUCAUAGUGAAGUAAGAAAAGAGUCAACUCUAAGGACUAUUGUAGAAUUAUUAAUACGAGCUCAUGACUGUUUUACAACUUCUUGUAAUAUGGAAGGGAUAGCAUCAGUACUACGUAAAUGUCAAAAUCUUGCAAAUGUUUUACAAAAUCUGAAAUAUUGGGCAUUAUUGGUGCAUCUUGUAACAGGUGUUGGUCGUUUCACAGAAAUGAAUUACAUAUUUCAAAUAUUAAAAGAAAACGAUCAGUUUGAAUUCCUGCUUGGAAAGGGAUUGGAUAAACCAACUGGUCUAAAAACGGCACUUUUGGAAUUCUUGAAACGUCAAUGUCCUGAAAAUAAGGAUCUUUUUACUUUGGUAGCAUUACAUUUUCGACUAUAUUACGAAAUUGCACUAAUGUGGGAAAAUGAAGCAAAAGAUGUAAUUAAAUCAUUAAUAUUAGAUGCAACAAAGGAUCAGGGAAAACUACCAAGUAUUGCUCAACAUGAAAUAAGAUUGACCAAAACCGAGAAUGUUCAGAAACAACUGCAAUUAGCAGUAACUAAUUAUACUCAUGCAACACAAUACUAUUUACAAGCUAAUAAAUUAAAUUUUGCGGGUCAGUGUUCUGAUCAGGAACAACUAGUUGCUCUUCAACUAUCAUUACUUAAUUCAGUGGCUUAUAAUCAACAAGUAAUCUCUAUACUUAACUUAAAGUCUGAAGAUAUAGACAAAGUGUUAUGUCACACUUGUAAUUUUUCUCAAGCUCUUAUUGUCAUACAUGCCUAUAAUCAUAAUGUAGAUUGGGCUAAUCAAAUUUACAGUCACUGUAUACUAAACGGGGAAACAAAAUAUUUAAAAGAUUACAUAGUCGUGAACAAAUUAACUCCUGCUCUUGUACAAGAUUGUGCUCGAAGAUAUAGAUUGGAAAAAAGCAUUACUCAUGAUAUGACAGACAAUAUGAAAAUAUUAAUUUCUGAAUUGUCAGACGUGGAAUGUAAAUAUGUAUUAGCCAGCCAGUUAGGAUUUAAGAAUAUUGUAGAAACAUUGCUCAAUAAUCCUAUGAUAGGUGCAUACCUUAAAGAUACAGUGUGGAAGAAGGGAUAUAAUGCUAUCUGAUUACUUUACAUUUAACUGAUUCCAAAUAUUUAAAAAGACAAGUACCAAAAUGUAUAUAAAUUUUUAUUUUUGUAUAAAUAAAUAUUUCCUUAUAUUA